AUGGCUUUGGAAUUGAAUGCUAUCAACUUUCAAUCCCAUAAAUGCCCUUCAUUUUCUCUCCCUCCUGUGGCCAGCCACAGAUCUCCCAAGUUUUUCAUGGCUUCUACUCUUCGCUCUGGCUCCAAGGAGGUUGAGACUCUCAAGAAGCCUUUUAGUCCCCCACGUGAGGUUCACGUUCAAGUAACACACUCUAUGCCGCCUCAAAAGAUUGAGAUCUUCAAAGCAAUGGAGGAUUGGGCAGAACAAAAUAUAUUAAUUCACCUGAAGCCAGUCGAAAAAUGCUGGCAACCGCAGGAUUUCCUGCCAGAUCCUGCUUCCGAUGAAUUUCAUGAUCAUGUCAAGGAACUACGGGAGAGAGCCAAGGAACUACCUGACGAUUAUUUUGUUGUUCUAGUUGGUGACAUGAUCACAGAAGAAGCCCUUCCAACGUAUCAGACAAUGCUUAAUACCUUGGAUGGGGUGCGAGAUGAAACGGGGGCAAGUCUUACUCCCUGGGCUGUUUGGACUAGAGCCUGGACUGCUGAAGAGAACAGGCAUGGAGACCUUCUAAACAAAUAUCUUUAUCUGUCAGGACGGGUAGACAUGAGACAAAUUGAGAAGACAAUCCAGUACUUGAUAGGUUCUGGAAUGGAUCCGCGGACAGAAAACAGUCCUUACCUUGGAUUUAUCUAUACAUCAUUUCAAGAAAGGGCCACUUUCAUUUCUCAUGGUAACACAGCAAGACAUGCGAAGGACCAUGGGGACGUGAAGCUGGCUCAAAUCUGUGGUAUAAUUGCUGCAGAUGAGAAGCGUCAUGAAACUGCAUACACCAAAAUAGUUGAAAAGCUUUUUGAGAUCGAUCCUGAUGGAACAGUGCUGGCUUUUGCUGACAUGAUGAGGAAGAAAAUCUCAAUGCCAGCCCACUUGAUGUAUGAUGGACGUGAUGAUAAUCUUUUUGAUCACUUUUCAGCCGUUGCCCAGCGGCUUGGUGUCUACACGGCUAGAGACUAUGCCGGCAUUCUUGAACAUUUGGUUGACAGAUGGAACGUGACAAAACUAACCGGACUAUCUUCGGAAGGGCAAAAGGCUCAGGAUUAUGUCUGUGGUUUGCCUCCGAGAAUCAGGCGGUUAGAGGAGAGAGCUCAAGGCCGGGCAAAGCAAGGACCAAGAAUUCCGUUUAGCUGGAUAUAUGAUCGAGAGGUACAACUCUGA